UCGGCGUAUAGUCAUCAUCGUGUGUCGUGGCUCCUCAAGUUACCGUCGAUGCCGGCGCGCGCGCCUCUCGACAUGUUCCUCGCGUUGCCCGGGGGGAGAUGAAACUAACCGCCGCAAAAAGUCUCGCGUGCGUCCGCCGCUACUCGAUUUUCCUCGCUCGAAAGACGCCGUCGAUAUAAAUGCCGGGCCACCGCAACCUACGUGAGCGGCUACAACAACACGGGCGUCUGGUGACGACCAGAAAAACCUUCGGACGCUGCGCGCCUUGAAUUCGAUCGAGGAAGCGAUCGACGAAACCGUGGAUACAUCGCCUUGUUUACGGCCAAGCGAGCGUCUCGCCAGCGUUUGCGCCCCGAAAAAAAAGGAAGAACGCGACGGAUCCCACCUGUUGGCUCCUGAAUUUUCGUCGCCAGACGAAACGGGACGCCAUGGAACUUGAAGGUUGUGCUGGUUCGGUGUGGGUUCGCCUACGGGACGACGACACAGUUGGCGGACGACGGCUGAAAAGUGAAAGUGGUGGUGUGGGCAGCUUCGACAGAGACGUUACAAGUCGGAGACUUUGUGGUAGGACCAUCGGUGGUAACCCGUGGUUCGGGAGGACUGUGGUAUUCGCCCUUGCAGCUGUGGUACUGGCGAGUCAAGGAACGUGCCUACAGCUGUCCAUCGACCCGAACAACGGUUCCGUACGCAUUCUGCGGGACAGGAGGGCCUCCACACCGUCGACUGAGUCAGUCAGGGAGUUCAGGGAAUGCGGUGGAAACCUGACGGCACUGUCGCGGCCAGCCCGCCUCUACAGUCCUGGCUACCCGAAGGCCUACGAGUCCAACAAGCUCUGCCGCUGGGUCAUCACCGCCGAGGGAGACAUCACGCUGCACUUCGUCAACGUCGAGAUCGAAGAUUCGCCCAGAUGCGAGUACGACAACAUCGUCGUGCUCAUCGGACCCAAGCAGGUGCCCAUGGACAAGAUGUGCGGCACCAUCACGAACCGUACCAUAGCCAUCAACUCCACCGCGGUCACGGUGGCCUUCAAGUCGGACGAGUCGUACGAGGAGAAAGGGUUCUACCUGGAAUUCUCGGCCGACACCGGGGUCGCAGAGAUAUCGGAGAACGCUUGCGGGGACACCAUCACGGCGGACGAGGGAAACGUGACGAGCCCUGGCUACCCGUUCGAGUACCCGGACAACAGCAGCUGCUGGUCGCUGAUCAACGUCGAGCCCGGUCGGGUCAUCGUCAUGAGAUUCAAGGUCAUCGCACUGGAAUUCGACGAGACGUGCGCCUUCGACUACGUCGAGAUCUUUGACGGCCCCACCGAAGACUCCCCUUCGUUCGGCCGCUUCUGCGGGGACUCCCAGAAGCGGAUCCUGCGCUCGACCAGCAGCAGCGUGCUGGUGCACUUCAAGUCGGACGACCUUCUCAGCAAUCGGGGCUUCCUGCUUCAGUACGAAAGCAACAGCGGCGGCAUCAAGGUCAGCCACGACGGAGGUUGCGCCGUCGCGUCCGACGCGGAGAACGGCACCGUGGCCACGCCCAACUACCCGAACAGGUACCCGGCCUCGGCCCACUGCCUGCUCGAUUUGGAAGCUCCGCGGGAAGCCAAGGUGGCGCUGCGGUUCGUCGACUUCUCGCUCGAACCGGACGAGAACUGCACCUUCGACUUCGUCGAGAUCUGGGACGGGUACCAGGACGGAUGGAAAUCCCUGGGACGACUGUGCGGGGACAGGGGUGAGAAGAAGGAACUGGUCACCUCUCAGAACCGCAUGAGACUCAAGUUCUACAGCGACAACUUCUCCGAGUUCCGUGGCUUCUUCGCAAACUUUUAUCUCGUCUCUACGACCGGUAAACCGGAAGUGGAAGAAGCCAAGACGGUGAUAAUGCGCAAGAACUCCCUGGUUCCGGCCCGGGAGCUGAUCGAGGAAAUAUCGCCCGACGAGACGGUGGCAGGAGACGACCAGAGGAUACUGAAAUGCAUACCCAAAGUUCCUGGAUCCAAGGUCAAGUGGGUAAAGAACGAGACGGUGCUGAACGGAACCAUGCCCCUGCCACACCUGUACCUGGUGUCCCCGAGCACGCUUUGGAUCCGGCGCAUGCACUCGGACCUGGCGGGCAGCUACACAUGCCUGGUCAGCACCGGGGACCGGGAAGCCAUGGCCUCCACCCUCGUCGUCAUGGCCGGAACGAAGCCACGCAGCAAAUGCAACGUCUUCUUCCGGAAGAGUCCCAAGGACCAGGAGAUACCCCACGGUGAGACGGCCAUCAUGCACUGCACGGCGCAGGCGCCGCAGCGACCUUCCUCUGACGUCACGAUCAGCUGGCUGCGAAACGGGCUGCCGUUCCCCACUGGCAACCGGUACCGGGACCUCGGCAACGGGCUGGUCUACAUCAGCGACGCCAUGCCCAAGGAUUCCGCUGUGUACACCUGCGUGGCCACCGACCGACGCAGCAACUGCACCGUCCAGGAGUCGGCCGUGCUCAGGGUGCUGCCCAGGGUCAACAUCGAAGAAAUUUGUGGAAUACCGUUCGUGGGACGUCCCAACAUGACGAAGCCGCAUGUCGAACACGGAAAAAUCGUCGGUGGAAUGGACUCCAUCAAGGGGGCCUACCCGUGGCAGGUUAUGUUCUGGACGGACCUGCGCAAGGCCUUCUGCGGCGGUAGCCUGGUGAACGACCAGUGGGUGCUCACGGCUUCGCACUGCUUCAAGCGCGACGAGAUCCGCAUCGACGAAGUGGAAGUGCGGCUGGGAAAGUACGACCAGACCGUCGUCGAGCCUCAGCAGAUGGUCACAAAGAUUGCCGACGUGCACUUUCACCCGAACUUCAACGUCCACACGUUCGACAACGACAUCGCACUGGUGCAGCUCACGGAUCGAGUGACGUUCACCGACUUCAUCCUGCCCGUGUGCCUGGGCGACAGCGCGUCCAUCGAGCGCGACUUCUUCAGCUCGGGCGACGUGCAGCUCGGCACUGUCACCGGAUGGGGACAGCUCACGGAGAGCGUCAACACGCUGCCGCGGUUCCUGCAGGAGAUCCGGCUGCCCAUCAUCGACCACAAGACCUGCCAGGCGUCCACGCAGUACCCGGUGACCAGGAACAUGUUCUGCGCCGGCUACAAACAGGAGAUCGUGGGCGACGCCUGCAAGGGCGACAGUGGCGGUCCCUUCGUGGUGCAGCGACGGAAUCGCUGGUACCUCAUCGGCAUCGUCAGCUGGGGCGUCGGGUGCGGUCGCAAGGACCACUACGGCUACUACGCAAAGAUGAUCAUGCUUCGUUUGAACAGCGACCUCUCGAAGUUCGUUCUCACCAAGAAGGUGAGCUUCAGUGGCCGGCAGUCAAUGAAUGGCGCACAGGUGACGCGAGGAGGACUUCGCAGGAAUUCUAGGAAUAUGAAACUUCGCACAGUGUUGCUGGGAGCGACCAUCGUGGUGAUGUCGGCGAGCCAAGCUGCGUGCCUGCAGUUGUCUAUAGACCCCGCAAACCGCUCCGUGCGCAUUCCGAGAGGCAGGAGACCGCACAUGACAACACCAGAGCCCGGGGUCGUGCGUGAAUUCAGGGACUGUGGAGGCAACCUGAAGGCGUUAUCGCAGCCAGCGAGGUUGUACUCUCCCGGUUACCCGAGCACCUACGACUCGGAACAGGAGUGUCGUUGGGUCAUCACCGCGGUUCAAGGAAAUGUCACGCUCCGAUUCCUCCAUGUACAGAUCGAAGAGUCACCCGACUGCGAGUUCGACAGCGUCGACGUGCUGAUUGGUCCGAGCCAAGAGUCCGCCGGCAGGUUGUGCGGUUCCAUGACGAACUACACGUUGGCCACCGACACCUCGUCCGUCACGGUCGUAUUCCGGUCGGACGAUAACUACGAAGAAAAAGGAUUCUCUAUGGAGUUCUUCGCAGAAAUCGAUUCCGCAGGUCUCGCCGAAGAAUGCGGGGACACGCUGGUGGGAGACGAGGGAAACGUGACGAGCCCGGGAUACCCGCUACCAUACCCGCAUAAAACCAGCUGCUGGACGCUAAUUAACGUCGAGCCUGGCCGCGUCGUCAGCAUGCGCUUCAAGGACUUGAUGCUGGAGGAGGACGAACUGUGCACCUUCGACUACGUCGAGAUCUUCGACGGCCCAUCCGAAGACUCUCCAUCACUCGGACGGUUCUGCAUGGAAUCCCAGCAACGAACUCUUAGGUCUUCGACCAGCAGCGUACUGGUCCACUUCAAGUCCGAUGACUUGACCAACAGUCGGGGAUUCCUCCUUGAGUACAAGAGCGACAGCGCGGGCGCCAAGGUCAGCCACGAAGGAGGCUGUAUGGUAACAUCGGGAUUUGACAACGGCACUGUGGCCUCGCCCGGCUACCCGAACAAGUACCCGGCCUCGGCAUAUUGCCUUAUCGACCUGGAGGCCCCGAGAGAAGCCAAGGUGGCGCUGCGGUUCGUUGAAUUCUCGCUUGAACCGGAUGCCGAAUGCAACUUCGAUUUCGUCGAAAUUUGGGACGGACAACAGGAAGGCUGGCGAUCUCUGGGGCGACUGUGCGGAGACAAAGGGGAGAACGCGGAGCUGAUGUCAUCCGAGAACCGCAUACGACUGAAGUUUCACAGCGACAACUCUACAGAGUCGCGAGGCUUCGUGGCAAACUUCAAGCUCAUCUUCCCGCAGGACAGACCGGAAGUGGAAGAGGGUAACAACACCAUCAUGCGCAACAGGACGCUGGUUCCGGCCCUGAAGCUGAUGUAUGAGAUUCCCGGUGACAUAACGGUUGCCGAAGACGACGAAGCGUUUCUAAACUGCAUACCGAAGGUGCCUGAAUCGAGCGUGGCGUGGUUCAAAGACGGGAUGAUACUAAAUGGCACCGAGCCCCUGCCCGAUUUGUACGUGGUUCCACCGAGCACUCUGUGGAUACGUCGGAUGCACUCAAACCUGACUGGCAGCUACACCUGUCGCGUCAUCGUGAAUCACCUGAAGGCCGAGUCAACGAGCGUAGUCGUCAUGCAGGGAACGAAGGCGAGCGACAACUGUGGCGUCCAAUUCCGCAAGAGCCCCAAAGACCGGGAGCUUCCCCAGGGUGAGACGAUGGUAAUGCAGUGCGCCGCCCAGGUGUCGCUGCAGCCAACGUCGGUCGUCACGAUAGCAUGGCUACGCAAUGGCCUGCCAUUUCCGACCAGCAGCCGGUACCGGGAUCAAAGCAACGGGCUGGUUUACGUCAACGAUGCGACGCCCAAGGACACCGCCGUCUACACUUGCGUAGCCACUGACCGCCACAGCAGGUGCAGCAUCAAAAGAUCCGCUCUGUACCGGGUUCUGCCAAGGAUCAGCGUCGAUGAAAUUUGUGGAAAUCCUGUUGUCAGCCGCGCCAACACAACGAGGCCACCCGCGCAGCAGGGCAAGAUUGUGGGCGGAGAAGACACCGUGAAGGGUGCCCAUCCGUGGCAGGUGAUGCUCUGGUCCCCGUCUUUGAAGAGGGCUUUCUGCGGAGGCACGCUGCUGAACGACCGGUGGGUCCUGUCGGCGGCGCACUGCUUUCAUCACGAGCUGGUCCAGCCGGAAGAAGUCCAAGUUCGUCUGGGCGAGCACGACCGACUCGAAGCCGAACCCGAGGAGGUCACCACUAAGAUCGCUGACAUCUACUUUCACCCGAAGUUCAACGCAAGCACGUACGACAACGACAUAGCGCUGCUGCUUCUCGCCGACCGGGUGAAGUUCACGGACUACAUCCAGCCGGCGUGCCUGGGCGACCGCACGGCCAUUGAGCGCGACGAGUUCAACUCGACCGACGGUGUGCGCAAGGGGAAGGUCACCGGAUGGGGUCAGCUCGCCGAGAACGGCCACACGCUGCCGCGAUACUUGCAGGAGAUCGAGCUGCCCAUCGUGAACCAAGAUGUCUGCAGAAACGCGACGACGUACAAGGUCACAGACAAUAUGUUCUGCGCGGGAUACGCGCAGGAGAUCGUGGGCGAUGCCUGCCAGGGAGACAGUGGAAGUCCCUUCGUGGUGUGGCGCAAGAAUCGCUGGUACAUCGUCGGCAUUGUCAGCUGGGGCGUGGGAUGCGGCCGCAAGGGCAACUACGGAUACUACACCAAGGUCACCAACUAUCACGACUGGAUCAGAGAGAAAAUCAUGUACUAGCUGGCGGACCUUCAUAGUCCGUCCUGCGCUCUGAGAAGCGGCCGAACGCAUCUACUGGAUCAUGAAGUAACGGUUACGCAGACAAGUUCGAGUAAUGGCUUCCUAAGUGAUGCAAAUAAGCCGGUGUUCUAUUUGUGUUUGUAAUAUAUGAAGUCUACAAGAAGAAAAUGAUUUUCGUAAGAGUCGGCGAUCCGACGCCUGUAAGGUAGAGGAGGAUCUCUAUCGGGCUUUCACGUAAAAAUAAAAUAAAAUCAAUCCACGCA